AUGACUCUCUUUGACGGCAUCUACCCCUUCUACCCGCAGCAGAGGAAAGCUGCCGGCUUCGACAUCAGCACCAUUAUAGUGAUUGUGGUCUUCCUCACGUUGGCCUGCAGCUUCCUGCUCAUCAUCCCAGGCAUCCGUGGACGGGCGAGGUUGUACUGGACUCUCCGUGUUCUCCUGAGCCUCUUCGUGGGAGUGGUGAUCGUUGUAGUCCAGUUCACAGGGGACUGGGAGACUGGCUGGGUGCAGGCAAACACCUCCUACAAGUCCUUCAGCCGUGCCAUGGUGAACGCGGACAUCGGGCUGCACAUCGGCCUGGAGGGGGUGAACAUCACACUCAAGGGAAACCCAAUGAACCAGAUCAAUGAGACCAUCAACUACAACGAGUACUUUUCCUGGAGCUUCGAUUCCAACUAUGACCGCAGCUACAGCGAGGGGCUGGAGAAGGGGCUGCCCAGCCCCAUCCUCUACGUGGCAGAGAAGUUCACCUCGCAGAGCCCCUGCGCCGUGCACAGGCAGUACCGCAUCUCCGGCCACUACGCCUCGGCCACACUCUGGGUGGCCUUUUGCACGUGGAUCAUCUCCAACAUUCUCUUCUCCAUGCCUGCCCUUGUCUAUGGAGGCUACAUGCUCCUGGUCACAGGGGCCUUCGUGACCUUCUCACUGCUCUCGUUCUCCACUGUGAGGAACUCCCCAAUGUGCCCGAUCCAGAUUGGGACUGCAACCCUGCAUGUAGCCUAUGGGGGAUCCUUCUGGCUCACCCUAGCGAUUGGCUUGCUCUGUUUUGUGGCUGGGAUCACCGUUGUGGCACUGCACCACCUCAACUUGGACUUGCUGAAAACCUUCUUCGAUCUCCGCGAGGACAAGGCUGAGGAGCACCAGGAAAUGGUUGAAGUGCACGUCAACUCCUAUGUUGUGAACAAGGCAGGGGCUCCUCCUCAGCCCUCUGAAACCAACAGCCUCUAGAAGAAAGUUUUUCCCACUCCUUCCCUGAAGGUGAGCCCGAAAGGGCAGAACACAAACCCUUCUUGAUGUUCCCACAGAUGCAUUACCCUGUUCAACUGCCUUUGAAGUCCACAUUUGGACAGGUCCGUGCUGGGAAGUACCUUCACAGACU